CAUCUUUUGCAUUUCGAGUAGCAUCGCCGGCCAGAAGCAGUCGAGCACGCCGUCAUCGUCGCCGUGUCCCAUGUAGCCCGAGUUUUGCCCGCCCGUCCACGCGCGUUGUUCCUCAACGCUAGUUUCAUUGCGCCCGCUGUCCGUCGAGCGAGCCAAGCGAAGCCCGUGGGACCCAUCCCCUGAGCUCCUCGUUUCUUCCUCGCCCUACAAUCGUCUCUGUAAUUCAGCUUCAAUGCCAUGUUGGCUGCAGCAACCGGACGAGCCGCGAUCCACGCCGUCAGAGUGCAGAUCAUCCCCGCCCCCAGGUCGCUGGUGGACAGCAGGGAGAUUCUACGUAUCUUGCAAGGCUACGGCGAAAUCACCACCUACCGCUGGCUCAAGCACGAUGCCCUUUCGUCGGCGCCAAACUCAGCAAUGGCUAUCUUUGCGGAUGGCGAGGCCAUGGACACAUUUUUGCGAGACUGCCCGCUGACCUUUGAGAUCGAUCGCGUGGAGCGACAAGAGUCGUUUGACAACCUCGCGAAUGACGACGCCGAGUUUUCAGAACCAAGCGCUGAAUCUGCCGAGAACUCAGCGAGAGACCCAGAAUCGGCCUCCUCUGACCCAGGAGCAAAGCGUUCGGACAAGCCAAAGGCCACGCAUGUAACGCGUCCGCAGCUUUUCCGCAUAAAUGCAGACGUCUGGAAGGGCAAGCACCGAGAUUGGCUUGAAAGACAUCCGUUCUGGGGCAACUUCAAGCCGGACACAAAAUCGAUAGUGCAGCAAGAUCUGAAGAAGAGGGUGCCUCUGAUAGGGCUCAGCGACAUUGAUGCCAACAAAAAGAACGAAAUACCGAUACGGAUUCUGCAACAGCGGAAAAUAGAGCUGGCGCAGAGAUCGACUCUGAAGGACAUGAUUCGAGAACUGCGCGGCGAAGAGGCAGAACAGUCCCACAGCCUGGAGAGUUCUUCUGGACAUUGGAAAUGACAGGAAAGCACCUGAGAACGGGGCUUUGCCAACGACGCUCGAAAUAGGCCUUGUAAACAAGGCUGGGAAUUCCACAUGCAUAUACGCUGGCUCACGUUGCAGCUCCUAGCUUCGAACUAAAGUGAGCUGGCGCCGCGAAAUGCCAUAGCAUGAAGAAAUGGCCACGAUAUACGACGAGGCACUGGCAGUGGCAACUGCAUCUACGAUUGGUAACUCGAAAACUACACGUCCUUGACAAGAUCAACACUGAGGACAUAUAACUCAAUUUGGGCUGGCUUUAACAAGCGGUAGCGUGAGAUCUCUUGAUUGAGAAGGGUAUACGUUAGACUACGUAGAUAAGCAUCACGAAAAAUAUUUAGAGUGCAUCGGACUGAGCUCAAGACAUGCCUCUUGCGGCGUAAAUUCGUGACGCUAGUUUGUAGAAAAUGUAUCUGCAUGUGUCAA